AUGGAUGAGAUAGGAAGCAUACUCCACUUUCUUCAAAACAAGACCAUUUUAGUUAUUGGUGCCACUGGUUUUCUUGCAAAAAUAUUUUUGGAGAAGGUAUUGAGAGUUCAACCAAAUGUUAAAAAGCUUUUUCUUCUUUUAAGAGCUUCUGAUGACAAAUCUGCAGCUUCUCGUUUGCAGAAUGAGAUAUUAGCGAAGGACUUGUUUAAUUCACUAAAAGAAAAAUUGGGUACAAAUUUCAAGUCCUUUAUUUCUGAAAAGUUGACUAUGGUGGCUGGAGAUAUCGCUUGUGAAGACUUGGGUUUGAAGGAUUCCAUUUUAAGAAGAGAUAUUUUGUCUCAAACAGAUGUUAUUAUUAAUCUGGCUGCAACUACUAAGUUUAAUGAAAGGUAUGAUAUAGCAUUGGAUCUAAAUACAUUUGGAGUUAAGCAUGUAAUUAGCUUUGCCAAAGAAUGUAUAAAACUUAAAGUGCUUGUUCAUGUAUCAACAGCUUAUGUAUGUGGUGAAGGAAAUGGGUUGAUUCUAGAAAGUCCCUAUGUUUUUGGUGAUUCACUAAAUGGUGUUGCUGGAUUAGAUGUUAAUGCAGAAAAGAAAUUAAUAACAGAAAAGUUAGGUGAGUUAGAAGAAAAAGGAGCCACUGAACGUGAAAUUAAAGUGGCCAUGAGAGACUUAGGUAUUACAAGGGCAAAAGUGUAUGGCUGGCCAAACACAUAUGUAUUCACCAAAGCAAUUGGGGAGAUGUUUGUCGAAAAAUCGAAAGGAAAUUUAUCUGUUGUCAUUUUACGACCAGCCAUUGUGACAAGUACACUGAAAGAACCUUUCCCUGGUUGGGUCGAGGGUGUCAGAACCAUAGACAGUUUAGGUGUUGCUUAUGGAAAAGGAAAACUAACAUGUUUCCUUGGAGGUCUCGAAUGUGUUGUCGACGCAAUACCAGCAGACAUGGUGGUGAAUGCAAUGCUAGUAGCUAUGGUGGCUCAUGCAAAUCAACCUAGUGAUGAUAUCAUUUACCACGUAGGUUCCUCCGUUAGGAAUCCAAUGAGAUACCUUAAUCUAAAGGAUUAUGGAUUCAGAUAUUUCACAGCCAAUCCAUGGAUAAACAAAGACGGAACACCUGUUAAGGUUGGAAAAAUAACUGUAUUAACCGACAUGGAUAGUUUCCAACGAUACGUCUUCAUUCGCUACCUUCUCCCAUUACAGGGACUGAAACUGGUGAAUACAGCAUUUUGCCAGUAUUUUCAAGGAACUUAUGUUGAGCUUAACAGGAAGAUUCAAGGAGUGAUGCAGUUGGUGGAGCUUUAUAGACCUUACUUAUUCUUCAAGGGCAUAUUUGAUGAUAUAAACACAGAAAAGUUGCGGUUGGCAGCAAGAGAAAGUGGGACAGAGACAGAUUUAUUUUACUUCGACCCCAAAGAUAUUGAUUGGGAAGAUUACUUUAUGAACACACAUCUCCCUGGUAUUGUCAAGUACAUUUUCAAGUGA